AUGCUCUCCGCCUUCACCGCCCGACCCAUCAUCGAGCUGCGUCAGCGAGACAAGUCCAGGAUCGAGACCAUCCUCGCCUACGGCGACCGCAUCCUCGUCGGCCUCAACACGGGCGUGCUUCGCGUCUACCGGCUCAACGAGCUCCCUUCGACGGAGCAGCACAGCGUCCCUCACGCCUCGGUCGACAGCAGCGAGGUCAGCAACACGACGACCGAGGAUGGCGGUAGACCCGUAUCGCGAGCGUCGGGAAAGCCGACGGAUCUCCUGCGCGAGGUCGAAAAGUUCUCGACGCGCGCGAUAGAGCAGCUGGCCAUCAUCAAGGAAGCCAACACCAUCGUUUCCCUGUCCAACUACCACGUGUCCCUGUACGACCUGCAAUCGUACGGGCUCAUCGAAACGCUCGGCCGAUCGAAGAAUGCGUCCUGCUUCGCCGUGACGUCCAACAUCGUCAAGGAUGCCGACUCCGGCAUACCCGAAAUCAUCAGCCGGUUGGCCGUGGCCGUGAAGCGGCGCCUGCUACUUUGGAGCUGGCACGAGAGCGAACUGGGACAUGACGUCGGCGAGGUCGUCCUUCCGGAAUCGAUCCGGACAAUCACGUGGGCGAGCGCGACGAAGCUGGUCUGCGGCAUGAAUGGAGGGUACGUCAUGGUCGACGCCGCAUCCCGCGCCGUCGAGGACAUCGUCGGUCCCGGCGCCGUCGUGGGCUCCAGCCAGGGCAGCCGCUUCGGUGCCGUCAGCAGCGCAGGCAUGGGAUACAUGGGCCUGGGCGGCUACAUGCCGAAGCCGCUCGCCGCGAAGCUCGCCGACGGCGAGAUGCUGCUGGCCAAGGACAUCAACACCUUGUUCAUCAGCGACCAAGGGAAGCCGCUGAACAAGAGGCAAAUACCAUGGCCGGCCGCGCCAGACUCCAUCGGGUACUCGUAUCCCUACAUCGUCGCCCUGCAUCCGCCGUCCAAGGGUUCCCUCGAGGUGCGCAACCCCGACACGUUGUCGAUGCUGCAGACCAUCGCCCUGCCCGGCGCGGCCCAGCUGCACUUCCCCCCGCCGACCGUCAGCCUCGCCCACGCCGGCAAGGGCUUUCACAUUUCCAGCGACCGGUGCGUCUGGAAGAUGGGAACGACCGAUUACGAUUCGCAAGUCGAGGAGUUGGUGACGGCCGGUCGCUUCGACGAGGCCAUCAGCAUCCUCACCAUGCUUGAAGAUGCGCUGCUCAGGAGCAAGGCCGAGACGCUCCGAGAGGUCAAGAUGCUCAAGGCCGAAAUGCUUUUCAAGAAGAGGAAAUAUCGGCAAGCAAUGGACUUGAUGAACGAGGACGAGGUCCAUGCGGCCCCGGGACGAGUUCUGAGAAUGUUUCCGCCUUCCAUCGCAGGGGAGUUGUCGCAGUAUGCCGAUCGCAAGCAGGACGAGCACGAGGAAAUGCCGGUGAAGAAGAGGCACGGGACGAGGCCUACGACCCCUGCGGAUGGUUCCCCGCAACAAGCCGUCGGCGGCUUCGCCAAGCUGUUCAGGGGCUCCCACAAGACCGCUUCCGCCGACGUCUCGCCCGUCGGUUCGGCAAAGAAGGAUGGAGCCGAGGAGGAUGGCGCGGAGAGUUCGAAGGAGUCGCAUGCCGCCGAGGAUGGUCCUCCGGAGGGAAAGGACCUGACCAAGGCCGUCUUGGAGCUGAACAGCUAUCUCGCCGGAACCCGCGCGCGUCUGCAGCGAGUCAUCGAUCCGGUGACGGGCAAGCUGAAAGCCCGGACGGACAACCAAGGUUCCGCCGAGGAUGUUGCCGAGAGAUUCUUCCGAUCGGCCGAGGACGAGUCGGAUCAGAAGCUCGAGGAGGAGCUUCGCAACACUUUCCGGCUCGUCGACACCACCCUUUUCCGCGCCUACAUGUUCUCGCAACCGUCGCUCGCCGGUUCCCUGUUUCGGAUACCCAACUUUUGCGACCCCCAAGUCGUCAACGACAGGCUGUUGGAGCAUAACAGGUACAACGAGCUCGUCGAUUUCUUCUUCGGCAAGAAGCUGCACAACGAGGCUCUGGGUCUGCUCCGUAGGUUCGGGUCGUCCACGAAGCCAGACGAGGCGGCGCCGGCACUUCACGGGCCGGACCGGACGAUACAGUAUCUGCAAAACCUGCCACCGUCCGAGAUUGAUCUCAUUCUCGAGCAUGCCGGGUGGACGCUCGAGGCGAAUCCCGGCUACGCCAUGGAGAUAUUCACGGGGGAUACGGAGAAUGCCGAGACGUUGCCCCGCGAGAGAGUCGUCUCCUUCCUUCACGGUCUGGACACGAAGCUGGAGAUGCGGUAUUUGGAGCACCUCGUCAAUGAACUCGAAGAUAUGACGCCGGAUUUCCACAACCGUCUCGUCGAGCUGUACGUGCAGGCUCUGUGCCGAAAGGAGGCGGGAGGUGACCAUCUGAUGGACAAGUUUGUCAAGUUCCUGCGCGACUCGCGGCAGGUGUACGGAUUGAUGAAGGCCUUUUCGCAGAUUCCCAAGGAUGAUGCCGAAUUCUACGAAGCCCAGGCGGUCGUCCUGAGCAACAUGGGGCAGCAUCGACAGGCCCUGGACAUUUACGUCUUCAAGAUGCAUGACUUUGCCAAGGCCGAAGAGUACGUCGCGUCCGAGUCGCAGGAGGCCUCGUCGUCGGCUCUGCCGCAGGGAACGGAGACGGUCGAAUCCGACGACCCGACAAAAUCCAUAUACCACGUCCUGCUAUCGCUCUACCUCAAGCCGCAGCCUCCUCAUGAGCCCCAGCUCGGGCCGGCUCUGGAUCUCCUCUCCAAGCACGGCUCGCGACUGCCUGCCACGUCGACGCUCGGCCUGAUACCGGAUGACCUCGCCGUCGGGGCAUUGGAGGACUACUUUCGCGGGCGCAUACGGUCGGCCAACAGUCUCGUCAACCAGUCGCGCAUCGAGGCGAAUCUGCGUAAGACGGAGAGCAUAUCCAUCGCCGCACGGUUGCAUCUCGGGGAUGACGCUGCCAACGGACAGGGCGGGCGCAACAGGCACGUCAUCAUCACCGACGAGAGGCACUGCGUCGUCUGCCACAAGAAGCUCGGCGGCGGCAUGCGCAUCGGGGGGAGCGUGGUCGCCGUCCUGCCGGAUAACGUCGUGGUGCAUUACGGCUGUCUGGGCCGCGUGACGGGGCAGAAGGCGGACAGCCUGCGAGCGCCGAACUGGGGGAAAGGCUUCUAG